AUGACAACUGAUCCUGACAUGUUGGAAAAGUGUGCUCAAAUCGUCGCCAAUGCACGACAUAUAGUUUGCUUUACUGGUGCAGGUAUGUCGGCAGAAUCUGGAAUUGGAACUUUUCGAGGUGGAAGUGGCUUAUGGAGCGGUGCUCUCGGUUUUAUUGUAUUGGGAUGGUUUGGUACACCAAUUGGUUGGAAAUGGACUCCAGGCAUUGCUUGGAGUCAAUAUAUUGACAAAUUUUAUAAUCCAAUACGUGACGCACAACCAAAUGAAGGUCAUAGAGCACUCGCACGUUUACAAGAAAUAUAUCCUGAUAUGUCUAUCGUCACACAAAAUGUAGAUGGUUUACAUCAGAGAGCCGGUUCUAAUCCUGAUCGGGUGUUUGAAGUACAUGGAACUGUUAGACGUAGUCGAUGUAUUACCAACGGUCAUAUUUAUGAUUUUGGGGAAGAAAUAAAUCUUCCAAGGAAGUCUCCUAUGUGUCGUGUAGAAGGAUGUAGUUCUACUUUACGUCCUGAUUGUGUAUUGUUUACAGAAAGUUUACCCACAGAUCAAUGGAUGGGUGCAGAGUUAGCAACGCGACAAUUGGGACCCGGUGAUGUGAUGAUCAUUGUUGGUACUUCUGCUCAAGUGUAUCCUGCUGCUGGAUUACCAGAAUCGGCGACACGAAGAGGCGCCACAUUAAUCGAUGUAAAUUUAGAGAGAACAAAUUUUUCUCGUUUGAAAAAUUAUGAAUAUUUGGGUGGUACUGCUGCAACAAGUUUACCAGCGCUGGUUAAGAGAGUAGAGCAAUUGAAGAAAACAACGAAUGUUGAACAUCCGGAACACUUGUCGUGA